GACUCAUUCUGAGCAUGGAAGGCUCCGGCCUCUUAUAAAAGAAGGCUGCGAGUGGAGCACCAGCACCACCGGCAGCAGCUGCAGCACCACCAGAAGGCGCAGAGAGGAGGAACUGUCCAGAGGUAGAAGCACACAGUCCCAGAGAGAGGGCGGCGAUGAAGACCCUGGUGGCGUUCCUGGCCUCUUGGCUGGUCCUGGCACAGUCUGUCACCCUUGCUCCCAAAGGUGAUGGAGGAGAGAAGCCACCUCCACCCCCCUCGGAUGACUUUCUCCAAGAGGAAAUCGCCCCAGAACAGAUCCCGCUGGAGUUUCUGCUUCAGAAGCCAAUCGACGACGAACUGGAAGGGUUUGACUUACCGUUGCUGAUCCACGGGGUGCCUCAGACCCGAUCCUCAUCUCCCAUCAGCCCUAGGGGCAGAAGACCCAGCUGCAGCGGCACCCUUGGGUGCACCCGGGAUCCCCCCCGCUACAAGCUGGACGAAUUCCCACCUGCCCUCCCCAGCCUCGCGAAUAUCGGUAACAUCUGCAGUGAAGGGAGGAGGAAGGUGUCCUACGGGCCAUGGAACCUGCCUCAGACGGGUUUCAGUCACCUCAGCCGACAGGGAGAAGCCCUCAACGACAUGGAGGCCAAGUCUGGCCAGUGCUGUCAGUUGUCCCAGGACGAGAAACUGCCUUGCUGUCAGAGGGCGUGGUCAGAUGUCUUGGAGGAGUUCUGCGUCAGGGAAUUCAUGAUCAAGACUAGACCUUUCCACUGCUGCAAGCUGAGUGGUCCCAGCUGGCAACGCUGUUUUGACAACGAGGCCCCCUUCCCGAAUUAUGACUUCAACGCCGACAGUCAAGCAUCAUCAGAGAAGAAGUUGGUCACCUGCAGCAAUCCUUCCCAGUGCAAGCCCGCCGAACUGGCCAACCCACGGAAACUUCCCAAGAUCAGUUUCCCUCCUGGCGAACCCACCAGCAACAACAUCAAGAAUAUUUGCAAACUGCGUAAAUUCCGGCCCACCUACCCCGCCAGCGCCCUCCCGCAGUCGGAUUUCAGCUGGUUGGUGCGCCAGGCCCAGGCCGUGAACCGCAUGGAAAACAUGUUUAAGAAAUGUUGCCGAAAGGAUGACACUGGCUGUGCCCACAAAGGGUGGGAAAACGUCCUGACCCAGUACUGCAAACAGGAGUUCUCCGUGAAGACCAAACCUCACUUCUGCUGUAAAGAGACUCUGGGAGAGCCCCGCAACACCUGCUUUUCCCGCCUGGCCCCCUAUCCGGCUUAUGAUAAAGAGAUCCAGCAGGUCAACCUCGGUCAGAUCAGCCUGACACUCCUGGAGUCCCUCUGUGGCCAAUUCACCCUUCUCACCAAGCAGAGAAACAUUCCUGCUUUAGUCCAGAACAUCACAGAACCUUGCUGCAAGCUGCAGGGCGACGGGAGGACUCUGUGUGCUGAGGAAGUGAAAUCCCAGUUCAUCACCACUCUCUGCAGCUCUCAGAAAAACACAUGGAAAGACCCAAAGAAAUGUUGUUCCCAGGCAGAAGACGCGGCCCGUGACAACUGCUUCAACCUCAGCUACCUGAGCAAUGUGUCCCUUGCCAGCGCCGUGGAAGUCCCCCGCCCAACAGAGCCGGCCUUGUGAAUCUGUGCAGACUUGCCCACCUCCUGCUAAAAGGCCCCUCUUCCCUCAGCCUGUCCCCUCCUCUCACCUCUCUGGCUGGUUCCAGUUCCGUGCUUCAAGGAAGUGGGUUAGCUGUUUUCUUGGCCUAUAGACUGUCAACCAAGAUGUUGCCCCCUCCCUAAGUGAAGGGGUGGGGGGACUUAAAGCACUCUGCAGGCACUGACCUUUCACUAAAUGGGGGCCCCUGAAAAGCCCUUGCUUGGAUGCACUUUAUCUCCUACACAGUUGCAAUACACAGAUCACAUCUUGAGUCUUUUUUAAAAGGUUCUAGAUUCUUCCUUGCUUUCUGUCUGAUUUUGUCUUUCAUAGCCGAAGCACUAGAUUGUUCAUGCUCUGGUAACUUCUAGAUUGGACUACUGUAAUGCGCUCUACGUAGGGCUGUCCUUGAAGACUGUUCGGAAACUUCAGCUAGUGCAAAACGCGGCAGCCAGGUUGUUGACGAGGACCCAUUGGUCCGCGCAUAUAACACCUGUCCUGGCCUGUUUGCACUGGCUACCUGUUUCCGAGCCAGAUCCAAGGUGCUGGUUUUGACCUAUAAAGCCUUACACGGUGUGAGACCGCAAUACCUUGUGGAACGCCUCUCCCGCUAUGAACCUACCCGUCCACUUCGUUCAGUAUCUAAGGCCCUCCUCCGGGUACCAACUCAUCAGGAUGCCCGGAGGAUUGUUAUUAGAUCUAGGGCCUUUUCUGUGGUGGCCCCCGAACUGUGGAACAGCCUACCUGAGGAGAUACGCCUGGCGCCUACGGUACUUUCUUUUAGGCGCCAGGUUAAAACCUGGCUAUACUCCCAGGCAUUUUAAUGUUCAAUGUUUCAUAUUUAACAUUUUUAGUUUAACUUGCUGCUAUUUGUUAUUGCUUUUAUUGUAAUAUUGUAUUUUAAUCUUGCUUUGUUCACCGCCCAGAGAGCUAUUAGCUAUGGGCGGUUUAUAAAUGAAAUGAAAUAAAUAAUAAAUAAAUAAAUAGAUAGUAUUUGAUUCAAACUGAGAGUUGGGGGGGCAGGAAGCAGGAGUAGUGUUUCUCCUGCUAGAGAGCAUCACCAUCUUGGCCAACUGGCGAAGUUUAAUUCAUUCCCUCCAAACUGGACAUCUUCAGAUCUUGGUGAGAACUUCGGAGGCUUUUUUUUUUUUGUGGUGGUGGGGAGCAUUGCAUUCUGUUCUGCAGACUCUGCUUUUGGAUUUGUGCUGAACUGAUCAGACUGGUCUCCAAUUAGCUGGAUGGGUGUCACUGUUUUGUUUUUGUAAUGGAGUAAGCGGAGGAGAAACACAGGGCCGGAAGCGACUUGAAAAGGGAACGCUAUUUCUGAGCAGCUUAGCAAGGACAGCCCUGUGCCUCCAGGGCCCAAGCGAAGAGUGAUGGGAUGGUGAAUGAAACAUGACCGGAACACACGCUAAACCAAAAGGAAACACUGUUCAGGAAGAGUUUGCUGGUUGCUCGGCCAAGUCGCAUUUUUGCAUCUUGACCUUGGUUUUCUCUGCUGUAACUGAGCUCACAAACAUGUCGUAGUGAAGUAUUUGUACAGCUCUCUGCCCAAGACAAAGGGUUCUAAUAAACCACUUUUUGAUGAAUGAA